AAAUUGGGGUAAUCGAGCGAUCACGACUAACGUGAAAUAUGUUCGUCCAAAUCGUAGUUAAUUUAACAUUUUACAGUAUGUUGUUUACUCGACUUACAUUGUUAUUUCUUUAUUGAAGUGAAAACUUCUUUAGAAUCGUUGUGAUUUCAAACCGGAUGCAACGGAAAAAACGACAGGAAUUUUGAUUGGUGGAAUAUGGCAACCCCGUGAUCGGUGAGGCUGUGACGGUGCGCGCGGUGGCGGCCCGCGUCAGUCCGCGUGUAGCGGCGCGGCGUCUUGCAGUCCGGAGUGCCGCAGCCUCCGGACCCCCCCGCACCCGCCGCCCGCCCUCAGUGUAUGUUGCCAGGGAGGCGCAUAGGCUGGGCCGGUCUGCGGCGAGCGAGCGUAUGGCUCUGCUGUACCGAGCGACGCGGCUGAAGGACCGCGCCGACACCCAUGUCUUCACUUUUGUGGUCACGCGCUCCGCCACCAGGGAGCCCGACCGCGAUGUCACCUCCAAGGACUUCUGCUGCGCCCACCAGAGAUGGGCGGUCGCCUUCAGCCGCACUGACACCUCACUCGGUGUAUAUCUGGUGUGGAGAGGAGCGUGCGAAGGAAUGAGGGUUUACGUAGACUUCACUUUUACUCUUCUAAGCCGUGACCAUUUUACAGCCAACGAAGGCUUCUCCGGCAAGCAGGUUCGGUUCAGCGCCGGAUGCGCUGCCCAAGGUCGCGGCAGAUGCGUGUCGCUCGCGGAGCUUAACGCCAAGUUCGCGGACGCACGCGGCGAAUUUCAACUUGAACUUACUAUGUCCCGAGUGCGCACUCUCUACUCUUGCGAGAUACGCGCGCCUCGCCUUGAUACUCCGCCAAUAGCAUUUGCCGGCUUCGACUGGCAAGUUUCAGUCAGCGGCGGGAACAAAGAACCCUUAGCUUUACGUCUCGUUCGAUUGUCUGGCGAAGGGCAGAAAUGCCGAGUUCGUUAUGCCCUUGCGCUUGGCGAGGGCGAGCGGCGUAUACACUCAGGACCUCUAGAGUGUGUCUGUGAUUCUGAGGGACGGACCCCGCCUUGGAACCCUCGUCCGCCUUCUCGCCUACUGCACAAAGGCGUCCGACUUACUGUAGAACUGGUUUGGGCGCGAGCAGUCGCAGAGUUGGCGGUUUCGGCUUCGGGAAGAGCAGCCACUUGCUAUGAUCGUGAUAAGCAAGCGUGGGCACUUCGGUGCGACAUGCAUUCGGAAACAGUGCGUCUGCACAUGCUGUAUAGAGAUGUGCAUCACGUCCCGCGCAACCACCUGCGUUACGUCAGCUGGUCGGCUUGGUUGGUUCGCGCUACUCCUGCAGACUCGGAAUCUGAGGCAGAGGAACUUCCUGGAGCUCCUUUCGAACAUUACUACGCUCAAGACAGUGCUGAUGAGGGUCUCAUGAUGGAGACCGCUUUGCGAGUGGAAGACGUUUCACGAGCCGGUUGUUCUUUUAUGCACCCUGGAGGGGAACUUCGCGUACGCCUCGAAUGGGGCGACACCUAUCUACUCUUUCAAGCAACUUAUCACGUUUAUGAUGAUUUGUGCCGUUUACAUGCCCACCAAAUGAGACGGGAGAUUGCAGCACUUCAGGCGGAAAAUUAUUCAUUGGAGCGACAGUUGUUUAGCUAUCAGAAGAGUCUGGCCUAUGCUCAAGCACAGGCGGAGGAGCCACCGGUACCGGAACCCGGCGGACGGCGGUCGCCGGCUGAACGCUCCCUCUCUACAGACACGGAGUACGCGUGAGACGGGCUCUGACGCCCGUUCUCGAUCCUUCUAUCCUCUCGACUGAUUCUGACAUUUUUGAGCGAUUUAUCUAUUUUUCUAGACGUUUUAUGGCGAGGUGCGCCUCGUCCGCACCGCUUCCCGCCGGUCGCCUGCACCCUCGCCGCUCGAUUCUAUUGAUAGCCGAUUAUUAUACUCGACUACUUUUCUAUUUAUCUGUACAUAAAAUAUAUUUAGAUAUUAUAUACUAUGUAUAUUUCUUAACUCGAAACUCGAAUUCAUAUACUUAAUACAGUCGAUUUAUGAAUAAAAGUCCGAAGUCUUAUGUGGAUUUUGAGUUUUAAUCGUAUUUUACCUGAAUCCUUUCACCUUUUUACAUUUCGUAAAAUUAAAUAGAAAUCAUAACUAUCUAAAAUUACGUAGGCGUUAACUAUUUUUUUUAACGAUACAUACAUUUAUAUUUGUUAAUUAAUACCUUUCGUCAAGUAGUUUCCUUAUCGUGUGCGCCGAAAACUAUAAGUAGUUAAUAAAUAGCAUUUAUCCUUCAUUGCAUAAUAGUACAUAUUCUAUUUUAUUUCCUCACUUGAUAUUUCAGAAAAUAAAACUAUAUAAAUCUGUAUAUUUCAUCUGUAGCGUUUGGAUAUGUAAAUAAAGAUAAAACAUAAA